GUAGCUAUAAACAGCUUCAGUAAACAAGUUGUGUUAGUAGGUGGAGGGAAAGCUUUCGCGGCAAGUGUUUAAAACACGUGAUGGUCUUUUUGUGCGCCGAGAUGUUUUGAGUUUUUUAUUCAGAGAAAUUACUUUUAAAGAAGUUUGUGAUCUCUUGUAGUUGUGAUCAACUACAAUGAUUAUGAUUAUAUAAGGUAAAACUAGUUGGCUUCGCAAUGAUUUUUCAGACGAACUUUAGUCAAGUUUUGAAAUGAGUUGUUUCUUUGAAACAAUCUCAUUCUCUUGAGAAAUAUAUCAUUUUUAAGACUCCACUUAUGAUCAAAAUGCCAAUGUCUCCCAUUCAGAUGGAUACAGAGGAUGAUGUGCACGACAUCAUCUUUAAACAACAAAAAAUGAUCGACAGACUUAAACAACUCUUAGACGAAAAAGAGGAAGAAAUCCAAAGACUUCGUUGCCUAUUAGAUAAAUAUCAGUCAGUGUUUAGUCCCAAUUUAAAUCUAAAUAAUUAUUAUGGACGCAGGAAACACAGAGCUCAAGGUAUAUCUGCCGAACCUCUUUCUUUACGGACUAUUCAAGAACUGAUUCAAACCAAGUUCCCUGAAUAUCCUAAGUCGGAAAGGUCCAAAGAGCUUAUUCAACGAGCCAUCCUUGAAAAUGACUUUAUGAAAAACUUAGAAACUGUCCAAAUCAGGGAAAUUACAGACUGUAUGUACCCUGUGGAGUAUGGGCAGGACAGUGUUAUCAUCAAAGAAGGUGACAUUGGAAGUGUGGUUUUUGUCAUGGAAGAGGGUAAAAUUGAAGUUUCUAAAGGCAAUCGAUCCUUGUGUACUUUGGGCCCAGGGAAAGUGUUUGGUGAAUUAGCUAUACUUUACAACUGUACCAGGACAGCCACAGUUACAGCUCUGAGUGAUUGCAGGCUGUGGGCUAUUGAACGACAGUGCUUCCAGACUAUCAUGAUGAGGACUGGAUUAGUGAGGCAAGCCCAGUACACAGAUUUCCUGAAGAGUGUACCAACAUUCAGAAAAUUAAAAGAAGAUAUGCUUAUAAAAAUUGCAGAUGUUCUUGAAGAAACAACCUACAAAUAUGGAGACUAUAUAAUACGACAAGGUGCUCGUGGAGAUACAUUUUACAUCAUUAGCAGAGGCAGGGUUAAAGUCACAAUUAGUGAUCCAGAACAAAAUAACGAAAAAUACAUCAGAACAUUAAAUUCUGGGGACUUUUUUGGAGAGAAGGCAUUACAAAGUGAAGACGUUAGGACUGCAAAUAUUGUUGCAGAUGAUCCAGAAGGUGUCACCUGUUUAGUUAUUGAUAGAGAGUCUUUUAACCAAUUAAUCAGUCAUAUUGAUGAAAUAAAAACCAAAAGAUAUGACGAGGAUGCCAGUUAUAGAAAAAGAACUAAUGAAGAAUUCUCCGAUAUAAGACUGUGUGAUUUGAGAAUUAUAACCACUCUUGGUGUUGGAGGAUUUGGUCGAGUUGAAUUGGUUCAAUUAAACAUUGAUCCAACUAGAUCAUUUGCUUUAAAAGUGAUGAAGAAAGCACAAAUAGUAGAAACGAGACAGCAGCAACACAUUUUGUCUGAAAAAAUAAUCAUGGAAGAAUCAAACUGUGAUUUUAUUGUAAAAUUAUAUCGCACAUUUAAAGAUAGAAAAUAUCUAUACAUGCUCAUGGAAGCUUGUUUAGGUGGUGAACUCUGGACACUGUUAAGAGACAGAGGAAGUUUUGAUGAUUCCACAACUCGUUUUUAUGCAGCAUGUGUUGUGGAAGCAUUUGAUUAUUUACAUUCUAGAAACAUAAUUUACAGAGAUUUGAAACCAGAGAAUAUGCUUCUGGACUCCCAAGGUUAUGUAAAACUGGUUGACUUUGGUUUUGCAAAGAAAUUACCUAAUGGGCGCAAAACAUGGACCUUUUGUGGUACUCCAGAAUAUGUUGCCCCUGAAGUGAUCUUAAACAAAGGCCAUGACACUUCAGCAGACUUCUGGUCCUUGGGUGUCCUCAUAUUUGAAUUGCUCACUGGAACACCACCUUUCACUGCUCCAGAUCCUAUGAGAACAUAUAACAUUAUAUUAAAAGGCAUUGAUCUUAUGGAGUUUCCUAGAACAAUAUCAAAAAAUGCUACUAAUCUAAUCAAAAGAUUAUGUCGGGAUAAUCCAGCAGAAAGAAUAGGUUAUCAAAAAGGCGGUAUUAAAGAACUUCAAAAGCACAAAUGGUUUGACGGAUUUAAUUGGGAUGGUUUGAAGAAUCGAAAUCUUGUACCACCUAUCUUACCAAGAGUGAGGCACUGUAUAGAUACUAGCAAUUUCGACAACUACCCUCCUGAUACUAGUGGUCUUCCAGUAGACGACGUCACAGGCUGGGACUCCGAAUUUUGAAGUCUUCCAUCAAGUGGAAUCAAACUUGCAUUUUGCCAUGAGAAAGUUCCUUGUUUUUGAUUUCAGCUGGAACUGACUUGCAACUCUUUCCUAUGAGAUUGUUCAGAGUUGAGGGUUAAAAAAAUGCUGGAAUUUUACUCGAAGAAAGGGGGUCAAUUAAUUUGAAUUCCUCGAUAAAGGCGAAUCUUAAGUUUUGAACAAUUUGCAUGAAAUUGUGCAUUUCAGUAUAUGUUUUUUUUUUUUUUUUUUUUUUUUUUGGAUUUAACACUAAUGUUGGAUAUUUUAUUUUCGUUAUGCAAAGGACAAAGAAAAUUUUGUAUUUAUUAAUGUUAUUGGCUAAUUAUUAUUAUUUUGUUUGAAUCAAGGUUUUUAUGGAUCAAAAAUAGCUCUGUGAAUCGGUGUUCCUAAUCAAGAAAAUAAUGCAUAAUAUUUUUUAAAAGUUUGUGUUGCAGAUUAACAUUUUUAAAGUUUUAUUUUUGAUAUAAUUGAUCAUAUGAUCAUUACUAAUUUAAUGAUUUUAUUAGUAUCCACCUGUGAUUUUAAUACAUUUAACGUACUGUAGUUUUAAACUCAUUUUGGGAAGAUCAAACAUAAUUAAUACAUAUCUGUGACAAAUUACUGAAUAAUAAAUUUUACUGUAAAACAAUUGACGAUAAGUAUUUUAAUACAGAAAAACUAACAAGAAUUUUAUGUAGCAUUUAAUUUGUGUGAUUCUCAUUUCAUUGAAUGAAUCGAAUCAUAUUGAAAGGCAAGUGAGAUAGAUAUAGAGCUUAAUGAGGUAAUAUAUGUUUCCAGUGAGGAAGUCACAGAAUGAGAUGCAAUUUCCGUUUGUUUUUUGUUUGUUUUUUUCCCGUGAUGAUAUUUAUGAGAAUUUCAAUGUACUUUACUAUGUACAGGACUCUAGUGUUGUAUUCAGUUGUAUAAAUGUAAAUAUACCUGUGUAUAAUAUAAAAAGCUCAAUGUGAACAAGGAUUUAAUUUUUUUAACCUGCAGAGUGAUAUGUUUAUAAAUAAUUUGGUGAUGUAUAGAAUACUUAAAUGCCUAGUUACCUGCAGGUGAGUUAUUUUUGCUUCUGACAAAUAACAAUCUAGUGCAUGAAUUCUAUUUUUAAAAUAUUGUAACAACAUGUGAUUCUGUGAACAUGCAAAUGUUAUGAA